AUGUCAGCACCGGCCCCACCCAAAGGCGAGUCCUCCAAGGGAAAAGACGCCGAGGGAGAAACUGCGGUCGUCGCCCUACCAGGAUUUACCAUUGAACAAACCAAAGCCAUGAUGGCAGUCUUUGAACAUUUCAGAAACAGCAUGCCCACAGCAGCCCCGACAGCUGUCCCAAGCAUCAAAUUUCCAGAUUCCGACCCCUUCGACGGCACUAAGCCCCAUGAAUUACGAAACUUUUUGGCCCAGCUCAAUAAUAAAUACAAAGGAGAAGCUACUAAAUUCGCUAUAUCCAGAAAGAAGAUUGCGUACGCCGUCAGUCUUCUUAAAGAAAACCCAGCAGAAUUAGCUUUCAAUGAGUAUGACACCGACGAUAAAACAUGGAACUGGGAUACCUACGCCGAGUUUACUAUAUGGCUCAAAAAAGCCUUCGAAAAUCCUGACCCUACUGGAACUGCAGAACAGGAACUAAGAAACCUAAGAUAG